ACUGAAGUAUGAACAUUUUGAUAAAUCAGUCUGUAAUUGAGUUUUUUGAUUUGAAGAUAUGGCUCCAAUACGACGCAUUACUGUGUUACUUGAUAAUUGAAUUGAACUAAUGGCACCUAGAAUUUCACUUUUGUUUUUGAAGUCCGUAAAUAAUGAGUCAGACGCUUCUUUAAAGGCUUCUUUAAUUAAUUCUCCAUCGGAAAACGGUUUUUUCUUCUUUGCUAAUAAGUAUGCUACUUUGAAUAAAGCAAUAGUUACAUUUUGGGCUAAUUUAUUUGGAUUUUUAAAAACAGACUGCUCUUGGUUCAGUUUUAAUUUCAUUGUUUUUAGCUUAUCUUGUCGUAAGCUGGAAUGAGUUGGAAACUUUAAAUCAAAAUCUGCAUGUUUCGUCCGGUAAUGUCUUUCUAUGUUUCCACGUUUGAAAAUAGAAAGAGUAUCUCGGCAUAUUAAACACACGCAUUUGCCUUUAAUGUCAACAAAAAAAAACUCCAACUCCCAUUCCUGAUUAAAAUGAUAAGUUUUACACUUUUUAUUUGCAUUCAUUUUAUUUGUUGUAAAUUCUAAAUAAAUUUGCAACUUAUUAACGAAAAUAUACGAAAUAUAUACGCGUUGCACACUUGCACGUGACGACUAAUUGACGGUAUCGAGCUAUAACUGACAAUAAUUCUGACUAUGUAUUAUGAUUAACCGAUAAUGGAAAUUCUAAGAAUACAAUAUAGCAAUCCGCAUUAUCCGAUUAUUUAUUACGCGAUCGACCGAUAAUGGUAAAAUUAAUUUUUAUAACGAUCGACCUACAUUCUUAUGGGGGCCAUACACUAUGCAUUUUAAAUGACAGUCUUCUUGAUUGACAAUUAAGACUGACUGUGUAUUGGCAAGAAUGAUGAAGAUUGACAAUCAAAUUUUUUGACUGGUGAAUUUCGUUCAUGUUUGAUUUUUUGUUGUCAUUCAAGUUGAUUGGCAUUCCUGAAUGAUAGUGUAUAGGAUUGAUUGUUAACUUAUCAGUCGAAAACCAGUAUACCUCGUAAACACGUCCACGUGCUAGUGUCCGACGCCGCAACGUGCGAUUUUUUUAAUUUUUAAUUUUUCAAAAUGAGUGUGAAAAAUGAUCAAGACUUUUGGCGUGAUUUUAUACAAUUAUAUAAAAGUUUACCAGCUGUGUGGAAAGUCAAAAGUGAUUUAUACAAGAACAGAGUUCAAAAGCAAGAUGCUUACGAAAAAUUGACGAAAAACUGAAAACGAUCGAUUCCAAUGUAGAUAUUAAUGCAACAAAAAAAAAAAAAUUAAUACUUUAAGAUCUAACUAUCGUCGCGAAUUAAAAAAAGUUUUAGCAAGCAAAAAGUCAGGGGCAGGCGUUGAAGAUAUUUAUGUUCCUUCAGUGUGGUAUUUCGAAGAUCUGGAUUUCCUUCGUGAUCAUGAAAUACAAAUCAGAGGUACAUCAACUAUGGGCGAUGAGGAUGACAUACCUUUGUCGGUACAACACCCAACUUUUGACAAUAUGGAUGAAAGUAUUUGUGAUAUGGCCGAAAUGGAUGUGGUUAGUUCUUCACCAAAACCAGGUGGACCACCAAAAAAAAAUAGCGAAAAAAGGUAAUUUUGAAGAAAAAAGGAAAAAUAAUUUACUGGAAUUGGCAUGUAAUCGUCUCAGCGUAGCUAAUUCUGAUAAUGAUAUCCUAGCCAAAACUUGGGCAAUAGAAUUGGCAAAACUUGACCCAGAUCAAAAACUUUAUGCUCAAAAAGGAAUAAAUGACAUUCUAUUUGAGACUCGAUUAAACACUUUACACCGCAAUUCAAUAUCGAUAAAUCAUGUUUGCUCAGAUUCUCGUUCUUCAACUCCAUCGACUUUCAUUCAACGCACUGUCACACCAAUUCUAUUAACUGAUACUUCUUCAACUUUGUCAAGCACCCAACAAUCGUGGCCAAAUACAGCUCAUAAUACAUUUUCUGAUCUCUUGUCAGAUCCUCAAUAUUCAUUACCGCUUUAAGCAUUAAGAAAUACUA